CUCUUCCAAGUGGCUCUUCAAGCGCAAGACCGACGCCGACGGCAACAUCGAGCGCUACAAGAGCAGACUUGUAGCCAAGGGGUAUCAGCAGCAAGAGAAGGACUACAAUGAAGUAACCAGAGGACAUGACAAGUGUGGGAGGCUUCAUCUGCUUUGUUGGUGGAGGCCCAACAGCUUGGGAGAGCAAGAAGCAAGUGGACCAAGCAUUGAGCUCGGUGGAGUCCGAGUACAUGGCACUCUUCCGUGCCAUAAGAGAGGUUGUGUGGCAGCGGCGUUUGCUAGCUGAAUUGGAGGAGGAGCAGCAAGGACCUACCCCACUCUACUGUGAUAGCCAAGGUGCUAUUGCAUUGGCUAAGAACCCGGUUCUUCAUGGCCUUACCAAGCACAUGAAGGUGAAGUGGCAUUGGGUGAGGAGCAUGGUAACCGCGGGUGAAGUGGAGUUGCACUACGUGAAGACGACGGCGCAACCAGCUGAUAUGAUGACCAAGAGGCUGGUUGAGCAGCAGCAUUGGAAGUGUUGCAAGCUUGCGGGGAUGGCUCUGAACUAAGGGGAGCAGAUUCUAAGGCCAACAAUCCGAAGGGGAGUUUGUU